AUGUCAACCUCAACGCCUGCUGUUCCCCUAGCCGUUAAUGCUGCACCUCUUCCUAGCCACGAUGUCAAGCCAUUGUCUGGCGUUGAAGCCUCGAAACGAUUAGCAGCAUAUAAAGCAGUCGAAGACCACUUCGAUACUUCCUAUUCUUAUAUUGGCAUUGGCUCUGGCAGCACUGUUGUCUAUGUUGUUGAGGCGAUUGCUGCAAAAGGCCGCGAUGUGACGAAUAAAAUGUCUUUCGUACCAACGGGGGAUCAAAGCAAACAGCUGAUUAUUGAGGCUGGUCUCCCACUGGGAAGUAUAGACGCCCUCCCUCCAGUCGAAUCAGAGCAGACUAAAAUGGGAGGUGUCUCCGCAUUACACGUAGCUACUGGUGUCCAAGACUUGGGCUUGAAGGGAAAACGUCAGAGUCUUGAUGUGGCGUUCGAUGGAGCUGACGAGAUUGACGAUGACCUGAAUUGUAUAAAAGGUGGUGGAGCAUGUUUAUUCCAGGAGAAGCUUGUUGCAACAGCAGCAAAGAAAUUUGUUUGUGUCGCAGAUUACCGGAAGCUUCAGCCUCGACUUUUGACGAGUUGGAAGACAAUCCCGAUCGAAAUUGCUCCACUUGCAGCACCGACCAUAAAACGUAUUUUGAUAACUCUUGGAUCACCAGAUCCCAAGAUCCGCCAAGGAGGAAGUGCAAAGGCAGGCCCGGUCGUCACGGAUAAUGGCAUGUGGAUCAUGGAUGCACCAUUUCCUCCAUUGCUUCUUGCGUCGGAUCUCAAGAAUGGCGAUAAAGGCGAUGGAGAGCAUGGCACGUGGGAGGUACAUAACUUGGGGCGACGGCUGAAGAGGAUCGUAGGUGUCCUAGAGGUUGGCCUCUUUCAUGGCAGGAACGGUAUUCAGGUUGCAGCAGCAGGUGAGGAAGGUGGCGGACAAAAGCCAAUUGCAGCAUACUUCGGUAUGGAGAAUGGUGAGGUCGAAGUGAGACUUGCCAAAGAAGUGCAUGGCGUGAAGUCACGGCCAUGA